AUGGCGCCGGCGUGGCAGGACUCGGAUGCCCGAAUUUGCUACCUCCGUACCAUCUGGCAAGACGCAGGCAACACCGAUACCGUGUCAGAUGCCAACAGCGACGCGAAAGAAAAAGCCAGUGUGACGGACAACCUCGAGUGCUGGGUAUUCCAAGACAAACCAUCAGCGAAGAUCACGAGGGGCAAGCCAGAACCCCGCGCUUGUCGACAACAUUAUAUCCUUGGCCUCGACACAACAAGCGACAGGAUUGCCAUAGACUGGCUGAUCCAGGGCUCGGCAGUCGACGUCGAAGACUCCAAGUUUGAACGCCGUGACUUUACGGUCUUUGUUUCCCGAGAACAAGCCGCGACAACGCAGAACAUAGAGCUCCUGCAACGCUUGAAGGUCGAGCAGGUUGAAGUGCAGGUUCUGACGACUCAUGAUUUGGCCACCAGCCAAGCAGAAUACCCAUCAUCCUUACCCUGUGACGCCUUCAUGCUGCUCAAGUCAGACUACGCACUGCACAUCUGGUCCGGCGGUCGUGUCAACUACGAAGGGGACAACGUGAGGUUCUGCGGAUGGCGAGACUCGCUGCGGCUCGGGGCGCCGGAGGAACCAGAAGAUUACCCGAGCCGCUUCUGGUACGACUACCGCCACGACAAGAUGGGCCACACGAGGAGAGGGUGCUGCUGGGCGGGUAAGUGCAACUACUGGCGGCGCGACCACGAUGAGAAGUGGCGCAACUACAAAUGCCCCUGCUGCGGUGGGCGGUGCAAGCGGACCAAGGGGUGUCAGAAGACGGGCGAGUACUGGGUCGAGGAGAAGAAGCUGCCGGAGUGGUUGCUCGAGGCGGAAGAGGAGAAUGGGACCGUGCCGCCCGAGUUUGCGAGGGAGUGGAUGAAUAUGUCGGCGGCGGACACGAUUGACAAGGACGAGCUGCGGAAGGGCAUUGGCGACUGA